AUGAGGGACAAGGCAACGCUAGCCUCCACGCCUAGCUGCGCUGCCGAGCUCGUUGUGCUCGCACCAGCAGCGCCGGCACUGGAAGCAGAGCUCGACUUGGAGACUGACGUGUGCGGUGAAGUCGACGAGGGGAUAGAAGAGGAGAGCGAGGUGGAAGAAGAUGUGAUGGACGACGAUGAGGAAGGGAAGGACGUGGUCGCGAAGCUGAGAGAUGUCGAUGGGGAUGCGACCGCGCAGAACUGGUUCGCGAGCGACUCAGCGGAAGAGAGGCUCGCGGGGCAGCUCUUUGCCAUGCAGGACUCCAGUGAAUUUGCGAAUGCGGUUGAGCUGUGGAGUGAGACACGGCUGGUUAGCGGUAGGUUAAAGAGAUAUGGGAGGAAGCACACGGACUUUGCAACCGAACAAAAACAGGCGACAUCGACAACGCUGUCGCAACCGGCUUGUGCAACAGCCUCAUCAAGACAGUCGUCGACUGAUAUGAAGCACAGCAGCGCGCACAGUCAAUCAAGCUUGCUCAAACUGGGAUACGACGCCGUGAUCGUGGACGAGCCCGCACUGCCGGACCCGCUCACCGUCUGCGUGAUGACCACGCUUGAGCUUAUACUGAUGCUCCCCGACGCCGAAGAUGAUGCUGCGGACGCGAAAGACACUGUUGACGGGACCUGGGACGACGUUUGCGCGGAUACAUGGGAUACGAUGAGCAGGAGCAGCGAGAAGGGAAGGAUGGGCAGCAUGUUGAGACAACGGCUACGCGUGGACGGGGAGAAGAUGGUGGUGGUUGAACGAAAGACGGCGAACGAUGCACAGCGUGUAAAGAAUGGACACUUCGAAAUGGCGACCGCGCUUCCACCUGACAAUGCAGAAACCGGUUUGGUUCACUUUCCGCUCGUGAUUCGAACCGGCAGUGGUUCGAUGCGUCAGUGGCCGUCUAACUUGUCAUUAUCUUUCAUUCAGGAUCCGACAAAGACUAUGAGACUCGAAGACUUGCAUCAUGUAAGCACUAUGGAUUUUGGUGAGUCCUGUUGGCAUAGCCUUCGACAAGAAUCACUGUUACUAGGAUGCUACUACCAGAAGAAAUACAAGCCAAGAUGCAACCGGUACUUUUGCGCUCAUUUCCAACUCGACGUUAAAGCCACAGAUCCAUGA